AGAAGAUGUCAACUCCAACAUCAAAUGAAUCGACAUCCUCUUCAUCAAACAAUUCCGAUCAACGUGUGCUCUUUCCAGAUAUUCAAAGAGAUGAUAUUCAAGUUGGAGAUCAUAUAGGAGUAGGCACAUUUGGAGCCGUUUUCAGUGGAAAUUGGACACUUCCAGAUGGUAGUCAACGAACAAUUGCACUGAAAAAAGUUUUUGUGUUGGAAAAAGAAGCAGAGAUUUUAUCGAAAAUUCGACAUAAGAAUAUAAUUCAGUUUUAUGGAAUUUGUAAAGCAACUGGAAAUGAUUUUUUCAUUGUGACAGAGUAUGCUGAAAAAGGAAGUCUUUAUGAUUUUAUACAUUCGGAAGAAUCUCAAAGUUUUGCCUCAUCAUCUGGUGGAAACUCAUUUGAUGUCGUUGUUAAGUGGGCGUCUCAGGUGGGAAUAUUUUUAUCGCAAGUGGUAUUCAAUAUCUCCACUACGACGCAGUUGACACCAUUAUUCAUAGAGAUUUGAAAUCGAAAAAUGUCGUUCUUGAUAAAAACCUUGUGUGUAAAAUUUGCGAUUUUGGAACUUCCAAGGAUCUCACACAUUCUUGCACAGCACCGUCGUGGGGUGGAACGGCCGCUUGGAUGAGCCCCGAGAUGAUACUACAAUCAGAAGGUCUAACUACUGCAACAGAUGUUUGGAGUUAUGGAGUUGUUCUUUGGGAAAUUCUAUCAAAAGAAGUACCGUAUAAAGACUACUCAGAGUUUCGAAUAUUCACAAUGAUCACUCAAUCUGGAAUUACAUUGGCAAUACCCCCAUCGUGUCCAGCUCCAUUAAAACAAUUAAUGAGUAAUUGUUGGAAGAUGACACCGAAAGAUCGAGCUAACAUGCGCCAAAUUCAAGGUGAACUCAACAGACUCGCUGGAAAUCAAAAAGUCAGGGUUUCUAAGUUAAGCUUAUCAAGUGUAUAACUUAAUUUAGGUAAUGGACGAAUGUGAAAAGUUUAUGGGAUUGGAAGAUUGGAAAACUGAAAUCGAGAAACAAGAAAAAAAUGUUGAGGUAUUUAUGAUCAUCGAAAAAAUUUAUUCAUUUUGAAAUGUUUCAAAAAUAUAUCAUUGGAUUUCGAACAGUUCCAAUUUUUUUGUAGAAAAUGAGAAAGGAUCUCGAAAAAAGGCGUGAGCAACUAGAAAUCCGCGAGAAAGCCCUUAAACAACGAAUGAAAGUCGAGCAAGCAGUCUUGGAUUCGGCACGUCAUCCACCAGAGGAUGUACAUCAAUGGAGUGAGCAUCACACUUCUCAUUGGGUUGAAACUGUUCUUGGCAGAGUUGCAAACGAUAAAAAGUUUUUGGACAGAGUGAAUGCGGCGGUCUUCAGAAAUCGGAUAACUGGCGCUCGACUUUUGGGAAUGACACAGAAUGAUUUAGAACAUCUCGGCGUUCACAAAGUUGGAUCUAGAAUAGAAUUAAUGAAAAUGAUAAGAAAAUUGGCGGAUACUCAGAAGGCUUUGCAUAAUUUCCCAACUUUGGAGCAAGCAAAAAGGAUUGAAAUGACAUUGAAAACUGAAAAGGAAGCUGCUGGACAACUUGCCAAUGAUGUUGAUAUAGUGAUUAUAGUUGGGAUGUACGUAAGAAAAAUGAACGCAACACGACGAAAAUUCAAAUUCUACGCGGAUUCGGAUUGGAUUGAUGAUACUGAUAUUCCAGCAAAAUCAAAGUCAAAACAUGCGUCAUCACUUAUCAAGACAGUUUGCUUUUCAGUUCUUGAUGAAAACACAAAGAAGCCAAUCAAUGAGCCAGCAUGCUCAAUAUCUAGUGGAAUGACAACAAAUCCAGAUUGGAUUACUGUAGAUACGGAGGAUGAUGUUAAGAUUAGAGUUAUCGUUAGUGUAUACUACGCAGACAUUGUGACUCAACCAAGAAAUACAGAAGUCAUAAAAGUUGUGACAUCACUAGAAGAGAGUAAGAUACUUGAAGAACGCCAUGUCCAUUUACGUCUCCGUAGAAGCUCAAGUAGCGCUUCAAUAUCAACACCUUCCCCAGUUAUUGCUCCAGUUUAUCAUCCAUUCGGUCAUUUAAAUAAUGGAUUCCAUCAUACCACGAGCUCCCCUCAACUUCGAGGAUUUUGGCAUAGAAAACAGACUGGAAUGAACAGACACGGACUUACUGAAACAGAAUUGAGCAGCUUACAAGAACAAUUACGAACUCCUUCCCCAGAUAAGAAGGUUGUAGAUGAAAAUGUGAUUAUUCAUGUUCCAAAAUUAACUCGCAGACGGAGAACUACUACAACCAACUCUGAAGAUACUGAGAAAUCCGACACAAAUAAUAAGACGCCUGAAUCUCAAGCACGCCGAGUUCAUGUACACGGUGGAAAGGAUAAAUGGAACUGGAAAAAGGGAAAAUCUCGGCCCAAAUUUACCUGAUUCAGUAAGAAAAGAAUUUGAAGUUUGAACGGGUUCAACACUCAUCAAUUAGAUUCUUCUGGUUUGUAUUCCAAUCUUGAUCAAGAUCUUCCUUUUUUAAUUAUAUUUUCAUUAAAGUUACUUCAGCCAAAUUCAAUUUGUGAUAACGCUUAAUGACAACGCUUAAUUUAAAAUAAAUUAUUUAUCAUACACAAGAAAA